AUGGCUACCCCACAAUCGGUAGAUAGUCCCAGAAUCUUUGGUGUUUAUGAUUCUCAACAAAUGGUAUGGAUCCUGAAAGAAAAUUCAUUAAUAGCAACUCCUUUUAGCAGAAAUGUCAGACCUGUCAGUCUUGAUUUAACAACAUGUACAGACAAAGAAUUUCAUGAUGCAGGAAAAGGCAAUCCAGUUUACUUGGGAAUCAAGGGCAACCAUCUUUGUCUCUUCUGUGCAGAAAUUCAGGGCCAGCCUACUCUGCAGCUUAAGGAGAAAAAGAUCAUGGAUAUGUCCAAGGAGAAGAAAGCGCAGAAGCCCUUUCUCUUUUUCCAUAGUAGGGAGGGCUCCACCUCCACCUUGGAGUCUGUCUCCUACCCGGACUGGUUCAUAGCCACUUCCAAAAUGGCAAGUCAGCCUGUCAUUCUCACCAAGGAGAGGGGCAAAAAUUACACCACUAACUUCUAUUUAGAUCCUCAGGACUAA